AUGCCUCCACUCAGUAAAGAACAGCUUUGGUCAUCGGGUCAAGAUGAGACUGUAGAAGUCAAUCAGAGAGCUUUGAUAGAUAAGAUUCUGGCUAGAUACUCUGGAGAACAUACUAUCUUUCGAGAAUUACUACAGAAUGCCGACGAUGCAGGAGCGGAACACGUCCAAGUCAAGUUCUAUUCCCAAGCAGGGUUAGAUGCUCUUGAGAAGGGAGAAGGUCCAUCCAGACUACCCGAUGUCAAGAAGGAUAUGAUGUAUAGAUAUGUCGUCACAAACGAUGGAAUUCCUUUCAGACAACAGGACUGGCAAAGAUUGAAGAAAAUAGCUGAAGGGAAUCCAGAUGAAGAGAAGAUCGGAGCUUUCGGGGUCGGUUUCUAUUCUCUUUGGAGUGUUUGUGAUGAUCCUUUCGUGGAAUCUGGAAAUAAGUGGAUGGGGUUUUACUGGAAGGAUGGAAAAGACCAGCUUCUCGCUCGAUCAGGCGACCUACCCCCUUCUGCCUCUUCUUCAAAUUCUGACCCCAGUCUUACCGGAAAUUCGUGGACCUCUUUUACUAUGGGGCUGAGAGAACCCUCACUGCUUGAAGGACCAUUAGAUCUAGCUCAGUUCUUCAUUACUAGUAUCACUUUCAUGCGGGCGGUCCGAAAGAUUGAUAUGCUUGUUGACGGAAUCAAGGUAUUAGAAGUAGAAAAAAGCGUGAACGGGAAGAACAAGGUGUAUAAGAAAGGAUUGAAGACGACUAGCGCAAAUGGAAUGAUGACUGUCAUGGGAGUCGACGCUACUGGUAUGGUGAUAAACGCCAAAGUCAUGCAAUGGCUGUCAUCUACUGGAUUUACACCACCGCCAAUACCUCAGGCAAUGUCUGAGCUGGUACGACCUGCGAAAGGGUUUGCCUCUAUGCUCGCUUCCUCCUUUUUCGGUCGAAAUUCACCUGCACCAACUCCUGUUGCACCCCCACCUCCGCCAUCACCUCCUGAAAAUCUUUUGGAAGUGACCAGUAUCAAACGAGAGAUUCAAAUUUAUCAAGCAGAUAUCAAGGUGUCUGUAUCACCUGCUUUUGGCCGAGAACUGGAAAGAGCAACGAAGAAACCGCCACCGACCCGGAUGCCAGCAAGUGUAGUCUUUUCCCGUGGAGAAGCAGACGAAGAAGCCAAAACGGAGGACGGGAAACCGGCUGCCCAAGAUAUUGGCGGGGUAUUUGGGGGAUUAUGUCCACCCUUGGAUGCAGAAAAGUCUGCAAAGGUGUUUAUCGGUCAAGCUACUUCUCAAACUACUGGUAUAGGUGGUCAUUUAGCUGCGAGAUUCAUCCCGACUGUGGAGCGAGAAUCGAUUGAUUUGGUUGAUCGACAUGUGUCACAUUGGAAUCGAGAACUGUUAUGGGUUGGUGGAUACCUUGCCCGUCUGAUAUACGAGGUCGAGAUGCAAGAUCUCCAUCAAACAUGGCUAAAGACCACUGUGGCGGACCUGGGAGCAAGAGAGAAACUUCUCAAACGAGGUCUCCAUGCUUUGAGAUUCUUCACAUUCAAGCCUACUACCCCUUCAAGUGUCGUUGGACAAGAAAUGGAGUCUUCGUUUUAUGGGUGUGCAAACGACAAUCGAACCAUGCCGAUUGUUUCAAGAGCGGGUAUUUUACCUAUUAACGAAGUUCGAAUGCCAAGUGCAGACUUGCAGAAGUUUCUACCCGACUUACCUGUGAUCACGCCAUCUGCGAUCGAAGAAGCCUCAAGAUCUAUUGCUCGACUACGGGAGAGAUCGUUACUUCGAGAUGUGACGUUCGAUGAUGUUGUCAAACAAUUGAACGAUCGACCUUUAACUGAAAAGGAAAUGGUGGAUUUCCUAUCUUGGUGGCAAGGUAUCGCUGGUAUGGACGGCUUCAACGUAUCUAUCAGAGCAAAACUCAUCGACGCUGCUAUUCUGAUACAAGAAAAUGGAAAGGUGAUACCUCUGUCGACAGUACAGACAUUCGUGAAACCUCACAACGCUACUAUACCUACCGAUAUGCCUUUACCUCCUCAUACUUUACCGUAUACGAUCACAAAAGAUCUCAAGGCCAACUCAAUCUACACCAUUUUCGGCUGGACAGAACUAUCACUUCUGCAGUAUAUCACCUUCCUUGUUAAUUCACCAAUGUCAAAUGAUUCUCAAGCUUCCGCACAAACCGAUAUCCGUGUCUCGGCAGAUUUCUCUGAGAAGGUAUUAGGAAUGUUAGGAAGAUCUUGGGCCAAUCUAGCCGCGAAUCAACAAACAGCCAUUGUUUUGGAACUCAAAGAUGUACAGUGUAUCCCUACGAAAGAAGGUUUCAAGAAACCCGGAGAAGCAUAUUUCGAAAAGAAUCUUUUAUUUGAUGAUCUUCCUACCAUUGCUUUCCCUAAAAAUACAGCUAUAAAAGGUGGAAUGGAGAAAAUGCUUCUUGCCAUUGGCGUUAGAAAGACUGUGGAUCUACAAUUGGUUUUUUCACGUCUGGUAGGAGGCGGAUCAUGGACAUGUCAGGAUUUGAUGAAAUACCUCGUUUCCGUAAAAGACAGCUUAUCAGAUGAGGAGUUGAAGAGACUUCGUCAAACCGCAGCUUUUCCUCUUGCUGUCGAUGCUCCUGCUGAAGGGGCCAAGACCUCUACAGUCAGGCAGAAACCUCAUCAGCUGUAUGAACCUGUUGAAGCGAUGCGUGUACUGGGCCUACCCUUACUAGAUUGGGGUGAAGGGAAGUGGAGAUCUAAUUCCGAAGAAGCCAAAAUGCUGUUCGGUCUUGGCUUAAGACGAUUCCCACCAGUAGACGUGUUGAUUGGAAUAGCUGCCGGACGACCACCAGCAAACGAAAAGGCUCUACAGUAUCUGUUGGCAAAUGUCCACAUUCAUUAUCCUAUGUUUAAAGCGGGUGCUUUUUCUGAAGUAGCCUUCAUACCAGCUUUGACAUCAACGGGAGAAUCUAUAUUGGCCAAACCUGGUCGAGUAUAUACAAAUCCUCAAUGUGCGAUUUUGGGAUUUGAACACGCUCAACCCAUUGUUACUGCUCCAGAAAAUGCAGCGAAGCUUAGUAUACAAAGCGAUCCACCAAUGGGUCUAUUGGUUGAAGCUCUAAAGUCGAACGUGACUAGGGAUAUACCUGAAGCUCGUAAGAUAUUUGAGUACAUGUCUUCUCGACUCGGCCACUCUUUGACAUCUACCGCCGAGUCACUCCGAGCAUUUGCCUUUAUCCCUGUGGCCACUCCCAAUGGAGACGUAAAUUUUUAUCAACCUACUCAAGUGUACUUUGAUUCCAAGGAGGGGGGUGACGAUCUUUACAAAUCUGCGUUUACCUUCGUAGAUUUCGGAGAGAGGGCGAAUAUCUUUCUGAGAUUUUGUGGGGUAAGAUCGGAACCCAGUGUGAAGGACAUUGCACGACUUCUGAUGAAUGAACCUGGCAAAAUGCUCAAACAAGCCGGUUCUGCUGAGAGGUACCUGGAGCAGAUACGUCUUCUAGCUGCAAACUGGACGAUCUUCGAUAAUCCUACUAGAUCAGCCAUGAAGACAGCGCCAUUUCUACUUGCGUCUCAGCGUGUUCCUUCACGUAAACCUGCCAAAAAGUUGCUUGGCUCUUGGACAGGUGGAACGGAAGAGACCGAUUACGAGCGAGAAUGGGUGUUAUGCAAAGCCUCGGACGUAUCGGUCGUGGACAGCGUAACAAUGUUGCAGUACUUUGGGCAGUACAUCCUUGCUGCUCCUGAAGAACACAUACUCGAAGACUUCUAUGCGUCCCUUGGCGCUAAACGACUCUCCUCUUUCGUAAAUCGAAAUUACCUAUCCGACCAUCCAUCUGCUAAACCUUCUGAUCAUGCUCAAGCACUGCGUCGACACGUUCUGGAACGGCUCACUAUCUUCUUAGCUGAGGCCAGAAGGAAACAGUCCGACUAUACCCCCGAGAUACUUUCAAAAGAAGGUAAUUUCACCGUUCAAGAAGUUCAAGAUCUGAAAGUCAAAUAUACAUACAAGAACGGCAGGAACGAACAUCAUCAUUACGAAACUCUGUAUGCUACUGCAUCUCGCGGUAGAGGUAAAGCGAUCAUUUUGACUAUUUCUACCUCUGCUCAAAUGGAUGAUUAUGAUAUCGCUUCUGCUUUAUGUGACUUAUUACUCAAAUCAUCUAAAGCUGAUGAUGCCUUGUUGUUAUAUUCAAUCCUGUCAACACCAUUAAUGGCAUUGAAGAAAAGAGGAUUCAACGUUGAUCGUAUCCUUAACCAACAGAAAGAAGAACGCCUUCGUAUACAAGCUGAAAGAAAACGAGAUCAAGAAAAAUCCACAGCAGAAUCCGCUCUCAUCCCUACUACCCCAAGUUCACUGAAUAGAGGGGGAGAUACAGAUGAUACUUCAAGUAUAGCAUCUACCAAUACUACAAAUACGGCUGUCGAAUCUGAAAAGGAUGGAAGAAGACAUUCCAGUUCGCAGGGUAUGGGAGGAUUUUUAGAUAAAUUUAAGAAGAAAGGAAGCGUAUCAAAAUCGAACCCUUCAAUCCCAUCUGGUCUAGGUGGCGCUGGUGCGUUGGGUGAAAGCAUCUUGAACCAACUGAAAGCUGCAGGCGGAUCUUCUGGUAGUGCAUGGGAGAAUAUGGGUAGACCCGGUGGACCAGGACCAGGAUCAGGUAAUCAACAAAAUUCGAUUGGUGGUCAAGCACCUAAUUGGACCACGAAAAGACCAACAAACCUGGAUAGUAUACGGAAUACUGUUCAGAAAGCUUUAGAUGCUUCUAGACCUGAAAAAGGGACUCAGAUCAAUGAUUCAAGGCAAGCUGUCAGAGAUGUAUCGGAGAGUCAGGACAACUACUGUGAUACCACUGCCCAAGCAGACAUCGUUUUAGUACAAGGUGCUGCUUCGAGAGGUGGAUUGAAUAUCUGGAUUCCAAGAGACGUACCUGAUCAAGCGGCAUUCCUGGGAGAGAAGAUCGAUACCUGUCAUCGAUUCUCCACCCAAAUACUCUUGCCUAUUUGUAGGCUUUUCAACCUCGCUCCAUCCGUUAUGAACGUCUUUUGGGAUCAUGCAGGUCCACUUAUAGCUUUCAAUAGAGGCGGAACAAUAUUUUGUAACGCGCGGUAUUACCAAGCUUGGCACGAUGACCAAAUUAGGAACGGGCAUACUAACGAAGCGUUCAUCUCAUGGUAUUUCAGUAUCGCACACGAACUGGCUCAUAAUUUAGAAUCUGCUCAUAAUUCAGCCCACGAAUUCUACUUCUCCAGUAUUGCAGAAGAAUACUUGAUAAAAUUUGUGGAAUUAUUAGCUAGACCGAAUUUGGCUCAACAACACUUGUUAGAUUAG